GGCUCGAACUCGAGCUGGCCGAAGCUCCCCUCAUCAACCUUGAAUUAUCCCGUGAUUCUCUUUCCGCAUCAAAUCUACUGUGACAUGGCGCCAGCAGCACAAUUCGAAGCGGCGCAACCGCCCAAAGACGCCAUCUCGGCCCUCGUCUUCGCCCCCGGCCCGUCCAGACGGCUCCUAGCUUCGUCAUGGGACAAGAACGUCUACCUUUACGAGGUCGCCAAUGGCGCUGAGGAGGCAAACUUGGUCGGGACAUUCGAGCACCGCGCGCCCGUGCUCGAUGUGUGCUUCGGCGCGGACGAGAACGAGGCCUUCAUCGCGGGCAUGGAUCACCAGGUCAAGAGGAUUGAUCUCGCGACUGGAGAACAAACCACCCUCGGCAAGCACACCGCGCCCGUCCGCUGCGUUGUCUACAGCCCCCAGCACUCCCUCCUCGUGUCCGCCUCCUGGGACAGCACCCUCCAAGUCCGCUCCACAACCGACGCCUCCCAACCACCGCUGACGAUCCCGCUCCCCGGAAAACCCCACGCGCUCGCCGCAAGCCCAAGCAAGGUGGUCGUGGCCAUGACGGCGCGGCUAGUGCACAUCUACGACCUCCCCACCCUAGCAUCAGCCCUCUCCUCCUCCAACCCGCAGGCCGCGCCGCCCCCACAGCCAUGGCAGCAGCGCGAGUCCUCGCUCAAGUUCCUCACGCGGGCGGUGGCGUGCAUGCCCAACGACGCGGGCUACUCGACGUCGAGCAUCGAGGGGAGGGUGGCGGUGGAGUGGUUCGAGGACAGCGCCGAGUCGCAGGCGCGCAAGUACGCCUUCAAGUGCCACCGGCAGGCCGCGCCCGAGGACGAGGGCGGCGGCGACGUCGUCUACCCCGUCAACGCCCUCGCCUUCCACCCGCUCUACGGCACCUUCGCCUCGGGCGGCGGCGACGGCACCGUCGCCCUGUGGGACGCCGAGGCCAAGCGCCGCAUGCGCCAGUACCAGAAGUUCCCCGAGAGCGUCGCCGCCCUGUCCUUCUCCGGCGACGGCCGCUUCCUCGCCAUCGCCGUGUGUCCUGGGUUUGAGACGGGUAUGGAGGAUUAUAGCGGGGAGGGCAGGACGAAAGUGUUCAUUAGAGAGCUGGGCGAGACUGAGGCUAAGGGGAAAGGGGCCAAGUAAAGCUGGGGGAUAGGGGACUGUGAGCUGGUCGACUGCAUACCUAGUAUAAAGAGGCUUUUGGGGUUUUGGCGUUGGGACGGAAAUUCACGUUUUGUUUCGGUUCAAAUGUGAAAUUUCAUGUGGUAUGAGUCUGGGCUUGAUAUGGCUGGUUUACUACCGCUACUAGCAACGAAAUAAAAGUAAAUAACAGAAGGGUGUCCUUAA